CUCUCUCUGCGUGUGUGAGUGUUUAUAUAUGGGAAGCGUGGUGACUGCACUGUUUACAUACUGAAAUUACUACUGAGCAGUGAAUUAAAUUGGAUCUGUCACUCGUCGCCUCUCCGUCGUCGCUCUCAUCUGCAGCUCCUUUAUUGCCCUCAACUGUAACCAAACCAGCCGAUCUACAUCCCUCCGAUCUCAUUCUUAUGUCAUUUCAAGGACUUUCCGGCCUCCGAUCCCCUUCCGACCGCGAUCUCUCCCCUAAACGACGCCGUUACGGAGAUCGCGCCGCGUUGUCCUCCAGCCGCAUUCAAUGCGAUCUGUAGCCACCCGCCGUUGAGAUGAAUCCGCUCUGCUGCAUUGCUCCGGUCUCGAUCGAGCGCGAUAGAGCCAAUCCGGCGGUGGUGAAGCCCACGGCUCAGCUCGGGUUCGAGAGUUCUGUGAAAAAUGUGGCGUUUGGUUCGAAGCCUAGCUUUUCGACUCAGGCUUCGUCGGUCGGCGCCGAUUCGGACGGACUCUGUGCUGCUUUGAGUCACGAGGCCGAGGAGAGUGUGGUCGAGCCGAGAGAUUCCAAGGUUGGCGGCAGUGUGGCUGGGGUUUUGUACAAGUGGGUGAACUAUGCCAAGGGUUGGAGGGCGAGGUGGUUCAUGCUGGAAGAUGGAGUGCUUUCGUACUACAAGAUUCAUGGCCCGGAUAAGAUUGUGAUGAGUCCUUCGAGGGAGAAAGGCGUGAAGGUCAUCGGAGAGGAUUCUCUGAGGUAUAUGAAAAAAUCCAGCUGGAGCAGCAACAAUCGAUUUGGUGGUUCUGCUAAGCAAUGGAAGCCCUUUGGGGAGAUACACCUGAAGGUUUCUUCAAUUCGGGCUAGCAAGUCAGAUGACAAAAGGCUGUCAAUAUUUACGGGGACAAAAACUCUUCACCUCCGCUGUCUAACUAAAGAGGAUAGAGCUGCAUGGAUUGAUGCCUUGCUAGCUGCUAAAGAUCAAUUCCCCAGAGUUUUGACAAGCAUUGAUUUUGCACCAUCUGAAUACACUGCAGUUUCAACUGAUAAGCUACGAUCACGAUUAUUACAAGAAGGCAUUAGUGAAAUGGUGAUAAAAGAUUGUGAGUCUAUCAUGCUAUAUGAACUCUCUGAGCUGCAAAAUCAGUUGAAAGCUCUUCAACUUAAACACAUUAUGCUGCUGGACAAACUAAGGCAGUUAGAGACAGAGAAAAUUGAGUUGGAAGCAACUGUUGUGGAUGAAACAAAGGAGCGUAAGUCAUUUUGUGUAGAAGGGAAUGGAAGAUUCAGUGAUUUCUAUUCCAUCAUGUCGGAGGGCAGUGCAAGUGAUUCUGAUGCAGAUAAUGAAAGUCGAGAUGGAGUAGAUGUGGACACGGAUGAAGAGGAUGGAAUGUAUUUUGAUACAAAUGAUUUUUUGUCUUCAGAAUCUCUGAGAAGUGUGUCCUAUCGUAGUAGAGAGAACAUGGGAAAUGAUUGUAGUCCUCUGAUGCAUAAUAAGGAGUCACUCUUUUCUGAUCGUUUGCGUGAGGCGCAAAUGGAGAUAAAGCCAAUUGAAUACCCAUUCAUUAAAAGAAGAUUUAGUCUGCCUGAACCAAAAGAGAAAGAGAAGCCAGUGGGGUUAUGGUCAAUAAUCAAGGACAAUAUUGGCAAGGAUCUUUCUGGCGUUUGCCUCCCUGUUUACUUUAAUGAGCCACUAUCCUCCUUGCAGAAAUGCUUUGAAGAUUUGGAGUACUCAUACUUGAUUGACCGAGCAUUGGAAUGGGGAAAGCAGGGGAAUGAUUUGAUGAGAAUUUUAAACGUUGCAGCUUUUGCUGUGUCUGGUUAUGCAUCCACAGAAGGUCGCCAGUGCAAACCCUUCAAUCCUCUUCUUGGGGAGACUUAUGAAGCUGACUAUCCAGACAAGGGUUUACGUUUCUUCUCCGAGAAGGUAAGUCACCACCCAAUGGUUGUUGCUUGUCAUUGUGAGGGUAGAGGCUGGAAAUUCUGGGCGGAUUCUAACCUUAAAGGCAAGUUUUGGGGACGUUCUAUCCAACUUGAUCCUGUGGGGGCACUGACCCUACAAUUUGAAGAUGGUGAAACGUUUCAAUGGAGCAAGGUCACUACUUCUAUAUACAAUAUCAUAAUUGGAAAAAUCUAUUGUGACCACUAUGGUACUAUGCGAAUUAAGGGCAGUGGCAAUUACUCUUGCAAGCUCAAAUUCAAGGAACAAUCAAUCAUUGACCGAAACCCUCAUCAGGUUCAUGGAUUCGUGCAAGAUAAUAGAACUGGGGAGAAGGCAGCCAUUUUGGUAGGAAAAUGGGAUGAAGCGAUGUACUAUGUACUUGGAGAUCCAACUAUAAAGCCAAAGGGCUAUGACCCAAUGACAGAAGCUGUUUUACUGUGGGAAAGAGACAAAUCUGUUACUAAGACAAGAUACAACUUGACACCUUUUGCAAUAUCCUUAAAUGAAUUGACACCUGGCUUAAUGGAGAAGCUGCCACCAACGGACUCAAGAUUGAGGCCAGAUCAACGGCAUUUAGAGAAUGGGGAAUACGAGUUGGCGAACACAGAGAAGCUCAGACUUGAACAUUUACAGAGACAGGGGCCUCCCCAAGUCAAAUUGUGUGGUGAAGCUUUGAUCUCAAAGUUGCUUGACAGAAGGUGGACAUUGCUUAACCCAGAUACCAAGAUUCACCAAAUAGUAGUUUCUGCCAUGCAAACACAAAAUCAAGAUGAUCCACUUGGAAAUACGUUGUUCACAAACAACACUAGUCCAUGUUUUGGGGAUAGCAUGAUGAAAAAGAGCAGUCUACAAAAAUCCUUCUAUGUUGUGAGGGAUGAUUUGUUGCACCCACUUGUAAAUGGUAACAAGGCCAGAAAACUUGAUGCACUGUUUCCUCUUGUUGAAGAUCAUUCAGUGACUGAUGUGGUUACAUGUGGAGGUUGUCAGAGUGCACAUACUGCAGCAAUUGCCGUUUCAUGUGCAGAGAGAGGGAUAAGAUCACAUUUGCUUCUUAGAGGAGAACAGCCUGCAAUUCCUACUGGCUAUAAUCUGAUUUCUGCACUAUAUGGAAAUGUCAUUUAUGUUCCAAGAUCUCUUUAUGCCAAUAGGGAGGAAAUGCUUGCUAAACAUGCCGAUUUAAUUGCAGGCUGUCAUGGUUCUGUUGUAUGGCUUAGUGAUAUUUUAGAGGCUUCCUUGACUACUGAAAUAUCUGGUAGUCCAAAUUGUGAGCAAUUGGAUGCUAGGCGUCCUUUCAAAAGGGCUUUUGUUGUCAAUGAAGGUGCAGGAGAUGCUGUAGGCUUACUAGGCGUCAUUCGCCUAGUAAAAUACUUGUCCCAAAAUCAUGUUUUUGGAAGGGAGCAGCCUGUUAAAGUUGUUGUAGAUGCUGGUACUGGGACUACAGCCAUUGGUUUAGCACUUGGAGCCAUAUGUUUGGGGCUCCCGUGGGAAGUAUAUGCAAUUAUGCUAGCUGAUAAUAUUGAUGGAUACAGAAAUCAGGAGGAAAGAUUGGUUUCUGAAUUCCAAAGGUGUUAUGAUUUUCCUUUUGUUGACGAAGUCAUAUUCAGGGAAAGUCUACAACUUCACUGGUUAGAACGCAGCCUCCCAAGAAAAUUUGGCAAUGUGUUGCCCGGAGAGGUAAAGGUAUGCCAACAAAUUGCACAGGAAACUGGAAUUCUGAUUGAUCCAAUAUACACUUUAGCCUCUUGGGAAUUGGCAACACGACUUAGCCAAAGAGAAGCACAUGGAGGUGCACAAGUGGUGAUGCUCCAUACUGGGGGCACAUUGGGCAUGUUUGGGUUAGCGCAGCGGUACAAGUCUCAGUUUGACUUGCUCAAAGGAGGAGCAUGCAGUUAAUAGCUAUAGAUGACUUUGAAAGUCUGGAGCAUUCAAAAUGCAAACUGAGUUGCAAUGAAAUCCAAAUUCCUUUAUAUCCAGAGUGUAAGCCUGCUUGUUCAUUGCGUUCUCUUUUCCUUUUUACUGUUUAACUCUCAUCCUGGGAUAAACCUGCCACAUUAGAGCAAGUAUUUUCAUAUAAUUUUGAUCUCACAUUUUUGUACUUUACUGUUUAGCUUUCCAAAAUUUGGUGCCAUAUUAGGCAGUUAAGUACCAGCAGUUGCAAAAUACUAGUAUAACUAAGAUGUAUAACUAAGAUGAAGAUAUUGUAGUGGGUGUGUGAUCAUACAAAAAAAAAAAAAAAAAAUAGAAAUUAUUAUUAGCAAUAAGGUUAAAGUGAUGCUUGUCAAAGAUAAAAUGUGUGAGGGAAGACACAUCUAAGAUGAUCAGGACAUGUGAGAAGAUCAACACACACUUCUGAGGAGAGUACAUGGAAUUAAGAAAUUUAUAACAAAAAGAGAUAAAGAGGCAGGGUUAAGAGAACUUGGUGGUAAACUGUUAAUAAUGGCCUUAAAAGGUUGUGUGUGACAACAACUUAAAUUAAUAAAAGAAAAAGGAUUGGUCUCAUGUUUGUGAACUGUCAUUUACAUUUGGCGCAAUCUUAUUAUCAUCCAAACUAGUACAUUAAAGUGUAAAACCAACCAAAACUAUGCACAACUCCCCUUACAGAACCAUAUUAUCUUACAGACAAAAGAUUUAUUUGUUCAGAUUGAGGAUCCUAACCUCUCAGUGUGACCUAAAGCUGCAACAAGGCUACAUAGUACUGUGUAUGAAAAUCUAGAGCUCAUCUUUAAAAGGUUCUCUUUGGGGAUUGUUUGAGGACAACUUGAUGGGGUAAGAGGCUUCCAUUGCUAUUCCACACAGUCCCUCUUCUGCACCCACCAUGCGCUGCAUCCUUAUGUAGCCAUGUUCUCCCCAUUCUGGUCCCCAUGAAUUCUUUACUAUCCAGUAUUUGGUGCCAUCCAGAGUUGUUCCAUAGCCCACGACUGCCACCCCAUGGUCCAGCUCUGUUCCACAGUGCCCAUUGAAAACUCCCUAAAAUUGCAUCACCAUUUCCGACAGUCUUUUAAGUUGAUUGUGCAGAAAUCCAAUAAAUUCUCACAUAAAUCUCGAACUAUUAAUGAUGUUUGUGCAGAAAAGCAAUGGUCCUUGGUUUUGGGUUUUGUACUUAAUAAUUUCAAGUUUCUGAACACCAGGGUUGUGUUUAGGUUGUUUUGGCUUGUGCCAUACUGAACUACCUAGGUUGCUAUUUUUUUGAAGCUAUACUAUAUUGUGAAUCUUAUAAAAUCAACUAAACACGACCCUUUGAAGUUUGGUUGUUUCUGUUCAAUGUUGUUCUGAAGGUUUGAACAUUGCCAGCAAUUAAAAUACGAGAAGCUUUAAUUACCUCUGAAUAGAAUUGAAGAUCAGAACCGCCGGCAUCUAUUGCAACGGACACAGGCUGAUGUGCAACAGCUUUCUUCAAGGCGUAUUCAUUGUUGAUAGGUACGUUUUCAUGCCCAUCAAUCAUCACCACCGGGGAAUUCAUCUGCAAAAAUGUGAAAGAUUAGCAGAAAUUACCUAUGUUAACUCAUGUCACUUUAGAUGCUUUACCAAAUGAUAUGAGUUUUUGGUUAAACUUCUGAAGAAUAGUUGUAGUAUACUUUUGCUGAAUCACAGUUGCCAUCUCUUGCUCUGUAAGGGUAUAUCCACUCGGCUGUCAGCCCCCUAGUUUUCUUGAUGAACUCAAAUGCAUUUUCCAUUAGUCCUCCAUUGCAUCCUUCAUUAUCCUUUUCACAAUCCACCAGUUCUUGCUCGGACAAAGAAACUAGCUCAUUUGUUUUGAUCUUGUUAAUGCCCUCCACUGCAACGACAGCUGAGAAUGCCCAGCAGCUACCUGUAACACCAAGCAAUUGUUGUAAAUAGCAAGCAAUACUGUGAUCAGAAGGCACAGUGACUGCACCAUUCCUCCUCCAAUCGACGGACGGUGGCAGAUUGCUGGCCUUCUCGUACAUGAAGCUGGUGCAGCCUCGGCUGCCCCGGAGCAUCCGGAAGUGCUUAAUGUUGGAGCUGUAACUGCAUCUGAACUCGUGGCUGGUCAGGUCUCCAAACUUGUUGAGUUUCAGCUUGUAAGGCCUGUCCAUCUUGUUCACCCUGUGAAUAUACUGCACAUUCAUCUUGAACACGUUGAAACGCUGCCGCUUCUCGUCGAGGUCCCGGGACACCCGAUGCUGGCUCCGCCACCUCUCGUACAAGUCCCACAAUCUCUCUUCAGAAGCCAAGUCCUCUUCAGUAAAAUCAAAGCUCCUGACCGCCCCAAAAACCAGAGCCAGUGAAAGAACCGCCACCAGAAGCUUUCCCAACUCCAUUGUGGGUAUUGCAGCUCGGGUUUCUGAAACUGAUGAUGGAAGAAGAUGAACUCUUAUCUUGUAGGUAUUGCUGAUCAAAAGUGGAACUGGUUAAUAUAUAGUGUGGUCUGAUGCUCUUUAAAGGCUUAAAGCUGAAAGUGAGGUGAAAAGAGGGUUGUCCUUUCCGAAUUUGUUAUGCUAUUUUUAGAGUUUUGUUCACUUUAUAUAGGUUGUAUGAUUCGAGAGUUUCAGAGUUUGUUAUGCUCUUGGUGUUGGGCACUCAAGAGUGACAAGUCUGGCUCUGCUGGGAAGGAAAAGAACACAAACCGCCGUGGCUUUCUUGGAACUUUUUUUAUUUUUUAUUCUUUUUAAAUUUUUGUGUAGAAAGCCAGCUUCAGGCUUCAGGCUUCAGCUGUUGAAUGCUGGGACUUGCGUACACUGAUUUCUGCACUUCGGGCUGAUAAACAAACAAAAGUUGUAUUCUUCA